AUGAAUGCCGUCGGUAGAAUCGGAAGCUACAUCUACCGAGGCGUAGGCACGGUUUCAGGUCCGUUCCACCCGUUCGGCGGCGCGAUCGACAUUAUCGUCGUCGAGCAGCCCGACGGGACGUUCAAAUCGUCUCCCUGGUACGUCCGAUUCGGGAAAUUCCAAGGGGUUUUGAAGAACAGGAGGAACUUGAUCAAGAUCGAGGUCAAUGGCGCUGAUUCGGGUUUCAACAUGUAUCUGGCUCACACAGGACAAGCUUAUUUCCUCAGAGAAGUCGAGGACGUGAUCGGAGAGUCGGAGAGUGGCGAAGUCUACACUCUCUCUUCCGGUGACGAGUCCGAGACGACGACGAGGAAGAGCUGUGACGUUGACGACGUUGAUAAGAUUAAGAUGUUGCCGUUGAAGUCCAAGAGCUGUAACUACGAUUCCGCUAGCCCUCGUGGAGGUAAUGGGAAGAUUGUAGGGAAGCCUGGGAUUUUAGGGUUUGUGUUUGGAGGUAGGUCGGUUAGGGAGACGAGGCUUGAGGAAGAUGGUGAUAGGUCGAUGGAGAGAGCUGAGAUUGUUUCUGAUUUGCUAGAUGUGAAGUGGUCUACUAAUAUAGAUACUCGUAGCAAUAAGUCUAGUAAAGGUAAAGAAGCUUCUUCAGAGUGUUUGGAUGGUGGUGGUCAGAGGAGUAGUAGCGAGAGUAGUGUUGUGGAGGGAGGUAAUAAAGGAAGCUUGGAGCCGUUGGUGGAUAGUGAUUCGAUAUUGGAGACUCCUCUUGUGGCGUCUCCUACGUUGCGGUAUCUCGAUGAGAAGGAGCAGGAUUUUCGUGAGAACAACAAUGUGGAUGAUUUUUGUGAAGAGAGUGCGGCGAGUGGAGUGGUUGAGACGCUUGUUGUUGAGAAUGGUUCCUGUGAGGAGGAAUCGAGUACCAUCUUCUCUUUUGCUAGUGUGGAACCUAUGGCUGUAGAGACGACAGCCGAGCCGCUAGCACAGGAUUCUGUUACUCUAUGUGAUUUGGAUGCGAAGCAAGAACUGUUAAGUGCUCCUGAAUCUGUUGAAAAUUUGAUAUUGGGGAGCAGGAGCAUUGGCAAUUCUCAAGAAGGAAGCAGGAGUGGCUCUCCGGUUCAAGAUGAGAGUAAAACCACCGUGGAAGAUAUGCAUUUCUCGGUAGGAAGUUUGGAAAAGUCUGAGUCGAUAAGUGGAGGAGGCAUCUUGCAACAGGAGAUGGAAGAGGAACAGUUUUCGUUUAGCGAUCUUGAUGAAUGUAAACCUGGUAGGAGUAGUUCUGGGGAGUCAAGUGUUCCGGAUACUGUUAAAAUUGAUGGGAAAGAGAUUCAUGAUGAAGAUGAAAAUGAAACUAGUCUUGAAAACGGCGUGGAGGACUCAAAGGUCUUGUCAGAGCCGAUUGAGAUAGAGGGAAAAAAGGAAACUUCUGGGGAAGAGAUGGAGCGGUUGGUAGAAUCAUUACCGAUUAUGCGGCUUCACAGCAACGAUGAUAUAGAGGCCAGUCCUUGUCAGCCUUUGAGCCAGUCAUUUGACCCAUGUUCCAGUCCGUUAAAGUGGGAUUUGAGAGAAGACGAGUCGAUCUCAGGGGUUUUAGGUGAAGAAAACGUUGCUGAUGGUAGUCCAAACUUAAAGGCUUUCAAACAUGUUGUCGCUAAUCCUGAAGUGGUCGAGCUUUCUCUCUGCAAGCACCUAUUAAGUGAAGGAAUGGGAACAGAAGCGGCUUCUCUGGCCUUCAAUUCCGAAAAGCUGGAUAUGGAAAAGUUUGCUUCCUUGGGGCCAGCAAUCCUGGAGAACGAUAAGCUUAUCGUGAAGAUCGGUGGCUUCUAUUUCCCAUGGGAUGCAGCAGCUCCUAUCAUCUUAGGAUUGGUUUCAUUUGGGACUGCUCAAGUAUUUGAGCCAAAGGGCAUGAUAGCUGUUGACCAGAAUGAGAAACCUGGUGAUGUAUUAGCUCCGGACAGUGGAGGCUGGAACCUUUGGCCUUUCCCUCUCAGAAGAUCAAGGAACGAUACCGAAGCUUCUGCUAAGGACGCUGUUGAACCUGAGGAGAAACAAGAGGAGUCGCCAAGACCGGUGAAAAAGACGGUCAGGGCACUAACUCCAACUUCCGAGCAACUUGCUUCGUUAGAGCUGAAAGAUGGAAUGAACACCGUGACUUUUACGUUCUCCACCAAUAUUGUAGAUGCGAGGAUUUACUUAUGGAAAUGGAAUGCUCGCAUAGUUAUUUCGGAUGUAGACGGUACCAUCACAAGAUCGGAUGUAUUAGGCCAGUUUAUGCCUUUGGUUGGUAUAGAUUGGUCACAAACAGGAGUUACACAUUUGUUUUCGGCUGUUAAGGAGAAUGGUUAUCAGUUGAUGUUUCUAAGUGCACGCGCGAUUUCUCAGGCUUCAGUCACACGACAAUUUCUAGUUAAUCUCAAGCAGGACGGAAAAGCAUUGCCGGAUGGGCCUGUUGUUAUCUCUCCCGAUGGCCUCUUUCCUUCGCUGUUUCGAGAAGUAAUUAGAAGAGCACCUCAUGAAUUCAAGAUCUCUUGCUUGGAGGAGAUACGGGCAUUGUUCCCUCCGGAACACAACCCGUUCUAUGCUGGUUUUGGAAACAGAGACACGGACGAGAUAAGUUACCUUAAAGUCGGAAUCCCCCGUGGAAAGAUCUUCACUAUUAACCCAAAGGGGGAAGUAGCUGUGAAUCGUAGGGUGGAUACAAGAUCAUACACAAAUCUUCAUGCUCUUGUCAAUGGAAUGUUUCCAGCUACAACAACCUCUUCAGAAAGGGAGGACUUUAACAAUUGGAAUUUCUGGAAACUGCCUCCUCCACCGUUUAUGUGA